CUAACUGAAAACAUCGUUUGCAAAAAAACUUCAAUUGCCUGUACAUUAUUAUUGAAAUAUGUUAUUUUAAUAUUACAAGUAUUAGAAAAAAACUGUAUAUUGACUUUUAGAGCGACUUUGUUUUGCCGCGAAACACGGCGCAUUAUCAUGUCGAGCGACGUCGAGGAGGAUCAGCAAGAAGAGAAAUCGUUCGCCGUGGAGCGCGCCAAGACCGGUCGCGCCAAGUGCAAGCGCUGCAAAUGCGUGAUCGAGAAGGGCGAGCUGCGAAUCGCCAGGUUCGUGGCGAGCUUCUUCUCGGACGGUAAGCUGACGGCAGCUUGGCAUCACGUCAAUUGCCUGUUCGACGCGUUCGCUAAACAGCGCGCCACGACCAAGAGGAUCGACGAUCCCGCGGAGGACGUAAAAGGCUGGGAACUGUUGUCCGACGACGACAAGAAGGUCAUCUUCGACAAGUUGAAGGAGUUGGAAAAAUCCUAUCCGAUUAAAGUUUUGAAAAAACCCGCGACGGCGCAGAAAGCAGGCCCUUCAGGAAAAAACAGAGAAAAUUUAGAUCAGAAGGUGAAAAAGACCGCGGCAGUCGUAGCAGAUGAUAAGAAGAAAGAUAAAGAAGAAAAAGAGAAAAUCUCAUCCAAGGAUGAUUCCUUUCGCGAGUUUCGACGUCUAUGCAGUAACAUCGCCGACGUCGACGCCUACACUGACAAAACAGCGAUUAUUAAGACGAUGUUCACGAAAGGAGCGCAGGGAGACGGUUUUAAAGGCGACAUCGUGCUCUGGUGCAAAUUGUUGCUGCCCGGCGCUGUAAAGCGAAUUUACAACUUGCAGAGCAAACAGCUGAUAAAAUUGUUCGCGCGAUUGUUGCUUCAAGACGAGGACGAAAUGCUGGAGCAUUUGGAGCAAGGCGACGUGGCCGAGACGAUCAGCGUGUUCUUCGAGAACAGCUCUGUCGUGUCGCCUUGCGCCAAGAGCACGUUGACGAUCCAAGACGUUGACCUGUUCUUAGAAAGAUUGUCGCAUUUGACUAAAGAAGAGGAGCAAAUUCAACAUUUUCGAUUCAUUCUUGAUAAAUGUACUUUCAACGAUCUUAAGAUGAUCAUACGUUUGAUCAAGCAUGACCUGAGGAUCAAUGCAGGUCCAAAACACAUUCUUGAAGGGGUUCAUGUGGAUGCAUAUAGGGCCUUCCAGAUGUUUCGAGAUUUGGAAACGGUAAUACGACGUUUUCUACCGAACGUGGACAAGAAACAGGGUGCCUCGAGUUCGUCCUUAAACCGCGAUAAAGUGGCUGUUUCGUUGAUGACACCCGUCUUACCAAUGCUGGCAGAAGCGUGCACAUCCGUGGAAAUGGCGAUGCGCAAAUGCCCAAACGGAAUGUUAUCAGAAGUCAAAUAUGAUGGUGAACGUGUACAAGUGCACAAAAGUGGAAAUGAUUUUCGAUAUUUCAGUAGAUCUCUCAAACCGGUCUUACCACACAAGGUGAAUCUUUUCAAGGAUUAUAUAGCGCAGGCAUUCCCCGACGGUGACGAUCUUAUCCUUGAUUCCGAGGUUCUUAUGGUUGAUAAUGAGACCGAGCAACCUUUGCCUUUCGGCACCUUAGGGAUUCACAAAAAAGAGGAAUUUAAAAAUGCCAAUGUGUGCCUUUUUAUAUUCGACUGCUUGUACUACAACGGCGAGAUACUUAUGAACAAAUCUAUGCUGGAACGCAGAAAUAUCCUGAAGGACAGGAUGACCGAGAUACCGAACAGAAUAAUGUUGUCGGAAGUUUACGAAGUGCAUGAUCCGCGGGAUCUUGCUGAAAGGAUCGUGCACGUGUUAAAACUGGGUCUCGAGGGUUUGGUGCUGAAGGACAUCGAUAGCAAAUACGAACCCGGCAAGAGACACUGGUUGAAGGUAAAGAAGGAUUAUUUGUGUGGUGGUGCCAUGGCUGAUAGCGCAGAUCUCGUCGUGUUGGGUGCCUGGUACGGCACAGGCAACAAAGGUGGCAUAAUGUCGGUCUUCUUGAUGGGCUGCUAUGAUGAGGAGCACGAUAGAUGGUUAACUGUUACCAAAGUUCAUACAGGACAUGAUGAUGCCACUUUAGCGGCGUUACAGGAUGAACUUGACAUGAUAAAGAUCGGCAAGGACAUGGAGAAAUUGCCGAGCUGGCUGCAUGCGAAGAAACCUAUGGUGCCAGAUUUCAUAGCGAGGGAUCCCAAGAAACAGCCGGUGUGGGAGAUAACGGGCGCCGAGUUUACGAAUCAGGGGAUGCACACCGCGGACGGUAUCAGUAUCCGGUUUCCGCGUGUAACACGUAUUCGCAGCGACAAGAAUUGGUCCACCGCCACCACUCUGAACGAGCUGCGCCAGCUCUUUCGCAAGAAGCCCGAGUCCGUCGACUUUAGCCUCAUACUAGGAACGUCGGCGGAUGUCAAGAACAGUCCGAGGGAGAAGUUACCUAACUCUGACAAGUCUCCGAAAAAAUUGGCGAACGUGAGAAAGAGAAAGAGCUCGCCGGACGAGCCGUCGACGAGUUUCAAAACCGAGAGACAGUCGCUAGAUAUUCCGGAAAUAAAAAAAAACCCAUCGAAAGUUAUAGAAGAAUCUUUUGAGAAACGAAUUAAAGAUAAAAGUAGCGAAGAAUUUGACAGUAUCGCAGAUCUCCAGUCGGAGAGAAAGAGAUUGAAAACAGUGAAACGCGAAAUUAAGGUAGAAACGGAGAAUCCUUCGCUAAUAAGAAUCAAGAAGGAAUCGGAAGAGGAACAAGAAACGGCAGAUGUCAAGGACAUCCCGAGGGAAAAGUUAGACAAUUCCGACAAGUCUCCGAAAAAGUUGGAGAACGUGAGGAAACGGAGGAGCUCGUUGGACGAGCCGUCGACGAGUUUCCAAAUCAGAGAAGAGUUAUUAGAUAUUCCGGAAAUUAAAGAGAAACCAUCAAGUGUUGCGGAAGAAUCUUUCAAAAAACGAAAAAAAGAUAAACGUAACGAGAAAUCCGACAAGGUUGCGCAUGUCCAGUCGGAGAGAAAGAGAUUAAAAACAACAAAGGAGGAAACGAGGAAUCCUUCACCAAUAAAAGUCAGGGAGGAAUCGGAAGAGGAAGAGGAACAAGAACGGAAGGAUCAUUACGUUAAUCGUUUCGCUGGUCGAAUGGACUCGGAAGAAUUCUCUUCGGACUCGGAAGAGGAUUCGAGAAAUGCGGGUGCCUUCGAUUCAGAUGUCGAAAACAUUAGAUUUAGUAACGUUCUACAGGAUGUACGAGCGAGUCUCGCGCCGGACUUCGACAAGAGUAGGAGGAAGGAUGCGCGGAGGAUGCUCAAAAUACUCGGCGCUACGCUGGUAACGCCGCAGAAUAGAUUCGACCCGACGACGACCCACGUCAUCCAUACACGCGCGGAAAUUCCGUCCACGGUCGUCCUCGUGAAUCUCGCGGAUUUUCCGAAAACCGCCAAACAUGUGAAUGUGUCCUGGUUGGAAGAAACCGCGGCGCAGUCCAGAAGACAGGGUGAAUAUUGGCACGCGGUUCAGCUGGUCGACGAUUACUGCAAUUGUUCCUGCACGCAUCGAUAAGCAGGUAUAUAUUUAUAAACGCGCGUACAGCGCAACAUUUGUUUUAUAUAAAUAUUUUUAGUAAAAUAAAGGAAUGUCUU